UUAUUUUUUUUUUUUAUUCUAUCUGUGAAUUAUUUUCCUGCUUCACAUUUGAUCCCCUCUUUUUACUGAGAGAUGCUCCCACAAUCUCCCUGUUGGCCAAUGAAUGAGCUCCAUGGACCGACUGCAGUAAUGAAGGCAACUACACCCCCCUCAUGUUCCCGGCAUGCAUUGUGGAAAGAGAGAGAGAGAGAGGAGAGAGAAGAGAGGGAGGCUGAGGAGGACUGUGGACCUGAGCGCAGAAGAAGAAGCAGCAGCAUCACUAUCAUCAGAAGAAGAAGAAGAGUCAUUAUCAGACACUUGCUCAUCACUGACAGCCGCUCAGGACUUCAGGCAUUCUUCCCCCUCACCUCCUCUGGCCUGACGGACCCACCAGCCCAUCACCAUGAACUACCUCCGCCGGCGCCUGUCAGACAGCAGCUUUGUGGCCAACCUCCCCAACGGCUACAUGAUGGAUCUGCAGAGGCCGACCCCUCCUGGCUCAUCCACUUCCUCCACCUCUAACCCUGCCUCCCCGGCCACAGAGAGGCGGCAGCCACCGAGCAUCCCGCCUGUGGCCUCCAACCCAGCCUCGGGCACGGGCACGGGCUCGGGCUCGGGCUCGGGCUCGGGCUCGGGCUCGGGCUCGGCCCCGACUGCGGGCGCAGGGGGCUUCCUCAGCUCCUUCUCCAGCGUGGUGAAGAGUGCUCAGAUGGCCCAGAACGUCGCUGCCGCUGCGCAUGCCAAAUCAGCAGCAACAGCAGCUGAUGGAGCCUCAACGGGAAGCAGUCAGCCAACUAAACCCGUCAUACGCAAGCCCAAGAUCCUGCUGGUCAUCGAUGAUCAGCACACAGACUGGGCGAAGUAUUUUCGCGGGAAGAAGCUGAACGGAGAUUACGAGAUCCGGGUGGAGCAGGCGGAGUUCUCAGAGAUCAACCUGGCCUCCUACGUCAACUCGGGAUGCAUGGUGGACAUGCAGGUCAACAAAGGUGGCACCAGAGUGGUCAGGUCCUUCAAGCCAGACUUCGUCCUGAUUCGCCAGCACGCCUACAGCAUGGUCCCCGGUGAGGAUUUCAGGAACCUCGUGAUCGGCCUGCAUUUCGGCGGCGUCCAGAGCAGCAACUCUCUCUUCUCCAUCUACAACUUCUGCAGCAAACCUUGGGUGUUUUCUCAGAUGAUCAAGCUCUACCACUCCCUCGGCGCUGAGAAAUUCCCCCUGAAUGAACAAACCUUCUAUCCCAACCACACGCAGAUGGUUACAACCCCUUCCUACCCUGUGGUGGUCAAGAUGGGGCACGCCCACGCUGGCAUGGGAAAGAUCAAAGUGGAGAACCAACAGGACUUCCAGGACAUCACCAGCGUGGUGGCCCUGGCCGGGACCUACGCCACCACCGAGCCCUACGUCCUGUCCAAGUACGACAUCCGCAUUCAGAAGAUCGGCAACAACUACAAGGCGUACAUGAGAACGUCCAUCUCUGGGAACUGGAAGGCCAACACCGGCUCUGCCAUGUUGGAACAGAUCGCAAUGACCGACAGAUAUCGGCUGUGGGUGGACUCCUGCGCUGAGAUGUUUGGCGGUCUAGACAUCUGUGCAGUGAAGGCUGUCCACGGAAAAGAUGGCAACGACUAUAUCAUCGAGGUGAUGGACAGCUCCAUGCCUCUGAUCGGUGAGCACGUGGAGGAAGAUAGACAGCUGAUCACAGAGCUGGUCAUCAACAAGAUGGCCCAGGUGCUGCUGGGAGUUUCCACACCUCAGCCUUCCUCUGUCAAGACCACACAGCCCAGACGAGGGGGACACCGCUCUGCUUCCGCCUCUCCAUCUCAGUCGGCCCAGGGCUCACCUCAGCGAGCCCGAUCAGCCACCACCUCACCCAGCCAAGCCUUCCAGCCCGGUCCCAUCCCCGCCACCUCCGGGCCUGGAGCUCAGAAGCAGUCACCACAGCUAAACAAAUCCCAGUCACUGACCAACACCUUCACAGAGACGUUACGAGGAAGCCUGACCGACGACGAGGCCAAAGCUGAGACCAUCCGCAGCCUCCGACAGUCCUUCGCCAGCCUCUUCUCCGAUUAGCAGCCUCCUCCAGAAGCUUCCUCUUUCUGUCAGUUGUCAGGUUUGAAAAACCCUGACUGGUUAAUCUGUUCUGGAGUUUCCCUCCUCCUCCUCCUCCUCAGAGCCUCAGCUUCCUGUUUCCUCUCUUUCCUUCUCACUGUUUGUGAAGUUUAACACCCGGUGCAACCCGCUGUCCUCAGAUCAAUGAUUAAUCUAUCACUAGAAAGGCCAAUCGAUUCUUUUUGGGGGGUUCUAAGAUGAAGGUGUUAACUGAAGAUGUCAAACUUUAAAAGCUGACAUAUUUGCUUAUUUGUCUUCCUUACAGGAGAUUUUAAAGAGAUGGAUAUUAGUGCAGGCGCAGAAUCAAACCAGAUCCCAUUCAAAUUACUACUACUUUUACUCAGAUUAAUGAUUAUGUCUGUUUCUUAUUUGCUGUUCAUGCCAGUUAACAACAGAUACAGAAAUAGGUCCAUAUGAGCAUCAGUCCGGCUGUUAUUGUGUCAGUCUUUCGCCUCUUCGUACCCAUAAUGCUUUGUGUUUUUAUAGAACAGCACUGCAGUGAUCAUGUGAGAGGACAUUUUCAGACAUCUUUGGUGUGUUUAAAGUUGAAACAGAGUUGAAAAGCAUCAAUAAAAACACACGAAUGCCCCGUAGAAUUAAAGAUCAGCAGUCAGCUGACGGCAGCUUGGCCUUUCUAGUGGUAAAUAAUUAUAGUAUAUAAUCAUGAUCUAGCUCACAAUGCUUGGUAUGUAGUCGUUAUUCUGCAUUCUGUUUGUCCAACCAGUGAAACUGUAUCAUUAUUGGGUCGUGUCUUACUCGUUUAUAUAUACAAAUUUAUUUAUGAAAUUUAUUUUAAUUACUUUAAUUGACUCGCAGCUUCCAAACUGUUUUGCAGAAGUCUACGGCAAUAUUCUUAUCCGAAACUGUUCCAGUCAACUCAUGAGAAAUGUACUGAAUCCUCACGGUUCACCAGCGAUUUUGAGCAUCUUGCCAGCCAGCCACAUUUUCUCAGACGUCCACGUGCUGUAGACACAUAUUGGCUUAACGUAGUGACUCCUCUACCUAACAUUACCAAAGUGCUUUUUAAUAAAAUAACCCCCCUCUGCACUGAGUCACACACACACAGCGAAACAACCUUUGAGCUUGUGAUUUCACAAGGUGCAAACGCUGUACUGGCUUACAGCCAUCGUCUUCCAUCACAGCCCAGAUCUUCCCCCCGCAGUUCUUCUUUUAUUCUUAAUGUUGCGUGCUUUGUGAGAAGCACUACGGUGUAUUUUUCUGUGGGGGAUUUGUAUCAUAACUACUACCGCUGUGUGUGUUUAAAAAGGCGAACAGUGAGGACGUAAUAUUUUGUAAUGUGCGCUUAAAUUUCGACGGAAAAAGAUUUGGUUGUGCAACGUCACCUCUUCUAUCUUUCUUCUCCUUUAUUCUGUACAACCAAUGAUAAUUUAUCAUCAUCUCUUUUUUUGUUGUUUUUUGGGUCAAUUGGUGUGUAUGCAACAUCUGCAGUGGUAGCAGCCGAAGCAGACACAUCCUCUUCCAUCCUGCUUUGGAACUGCAUGUAAAUGUAAAGUGAACGUACGUACAGUCCAAUUGAGUCCAAUUUUCUAACAGAAAACCAACACAAGCUCAUGAUCUCAACUAUUCUAUAAAGACAGCAAAAACAAUGGCAACGCUUUAUUUAAUAGAUAAUGUUUAUUUGUGGCAUAGGUAUCCAAAACCAGGAAAUGUUACCAUUUACAGUAUAAGCGGCUAUUGACUUCCAGGGGAAUUUCCUUUAACUGCUCUAAAGACGGGAUGUGCAACAUUGUCAUUCAAAUUUAAUGACAAAAAAGUGGACAAAGAUCCAAUUUAAUCUAUGUAAAUAUUUAUUUAUUUAAUGGAAACCUAAUUGUAUGCUAACAUUUCAGUGAAAGAAGUUUAAGCUACCACUUUUUUUGGAAUUAUUUGAAAGUGUACAGCUGAUGACUGUCUCUAUUUUCCUUAUAAUUAGCACUAAAUUGGAAAUAAUUAAAUCAUAAUUUAUAUAUAAAUAAUAAGGAAGCCUGUAAAAUAAAUUGUUAGCAAGGUUUUUCCAAAAUAGUUCCUUGGUGCAUCCACUUUGUUGCACCGAUCUCACAGAAGGAGAUUGACGGUAUAUUUGGCUUUCCAUGCAGAGCACAAUCACAAUCUAAUUAUCAAGCUGUCUUGUACUGUAGUUGUCUCGAUAGUUAUCUAUGCUACAGACUGGGACCUGGACAAAAAAAACAAAAUUAUAAUCCAUCUUCUCUCCUAUUUUUUUGUCCAAAUACCCCAAACAGAAAUACAAUACAAAUAGGAUAUUUGAAUAUCUUUUCAUAAUAAUAAUAAUAAUAAUAAUGCCCCCCGUUUUAAGGUAAAUUUUCUUCAAAUGCAUGAAGUUGUAUAAAAGUUAUAGUGUGAGUGUGUGUAUGUGUAAAGUUGUAAAUUUGCCGUUAUGAUUGAUAAUAAUACCACAAAAAAGAACUGCCCAUUCUUGCAAUAAUUAUGUUGAUAAUACACCAUUUUUAAUUUUGAACUAUGAAGCUUGUCGCUUUAAGAGAAGCUCUUAUUUAUUUAUUUUUACCAAGUUUUUAUUUGGUGCUUUGCCAUAGCCAGUCUCAACUGGCACAAACAGGAAAAUGAAAUGAAAAACAUUGUUUGUUCAUUGAGCUAAAUAAAAAGCUCAAUGUGUGCUAGCUUGACAGAAUUCACACUACAGUGCUCAUUACCAACAACAAAGCAUGAUGGGGAUUGUAGUUUUACUUCUACAAAGCAGUUGCUCUGGAGGGAAAAGAAUCUGAUUGGUUGCAUUUAUCAUCGGUGGGUGGAGCCACAGAAUCACAGCUGUUAGGCUCGCUAAUGGACCAUUUGCUAAGCCCCGCCCCUCUUAGUUACCUGUUGCUACCUGUCGAGCUUUCUGUUCCUGCACGGUAAAUAUGGGCUUCGUCCCGUAACCCGUAACAACCUCAUGUGACCAAGCGAUGAGUUGUGAGAAUCAUAAUAUCAAAUAAUCAAUAAUGCCUAGCAGAGUUAUUGACGUUACUGAGCCGUCCGCCUUCGUUUAUAAUGAACUUUUGUUGUUACUACUGCAUUGCAUUGUGGGAUAUUGUAGCGGAAAUAGUAUGUAAUACUAUUGGUUUCAUACUAUCUUAUGAAAUCUUACAUAGGUCUACUAUUUUAGCGUACUAAAUAGCAUGUUAGUAUGGAAUUUCGGACGCAACCACGCUGUUUACAAUGAUAAUGGUGACAGUUUUACAUUCUUUUUUUUCUUCUUUUUUUAUAUCUUUGAAACAGUUAGUAGAAAAAAGGUUUUCAUUGAAAUGACGUGCCUUGGCUAAAAUGACCACUGUCACAUUAGCUCCAUGAAUUAGGUGAAAAUGCUGUCUCCACCUGACUUCUUAAUGUAUCCAACAGUUUAAAACAGGACUGCUGUAAAAGUGUCUUAAAUAUGCACUCAAUGGAUACAUACAUGAUAUUAUGCUAAAAAACUGAGGCUAAAGCUUUUUACUGUUACAAGAGUACAGACUUUUAAGAACC